AUGGACAAAACUAGAUUUUAGACUCUGCAAUGCCACAAGCAUCAAAAAAAGCAUCUUUAAUUCAUUUAAGUGAACGAUGUUCUAAACCAACAAAGUUAAAACAAACAGCUUUUCUACUGUUCUUCAUGCUUCAACCAUGAUCUUGAAUUUAAGUCAAUUAAUUUUCUGAUGAUUGAUUAGAUUCUAUAAGAAGCAGAAACUAGCAUUAUCCCAAAAUGGCCUCCGGUCAACAAUUACUAGCUUAUUUAAGACCUCAUCGAUCUCACUUCUAAAGAAUCUGAAUUGAAUUAUGAAAAAUAAAUUAUUGAUUUCUUUAAUGAAUUAAAAGAAUAGCUUUUAGCAAAAAUAGAUAUUAUCUAAAAAAAAAUGAUCAACGAAACUCAUAAAUAUCCAAUAGAUAAUCAUCAAAUCAUCAAAAAAUAUUAAGAAGUUUCAAAUAUCCUUUAAUUUAAGCAACUUCUUAUGAACGAAUAGGGAAAUAAUCUUUAAGAGCAUUCAACUCUUUGUAGGUAAUUCAUCUAACAAAUAGAAUCUUAAAAAGACAAAAAUACUGAAUUAUUGUAAAGUCUACUUACUUAAUCUAACUAAUUGUAAAAAAGCUUCGAUUCAGAGUAUCCAAUUAUAAUUAAAUAGCAAUUAUUCACUCUGAUUGAUUCAAUUUCCUUCUUUAAUUAAGAUAUAUCUUAAGCCAGUCUAAACUAAAGAAAUUAAAGCGCUUAGCAAUCUAGAAUUAGCACUUAAAAUAGUAAUAAAAUAACAGCUGACUUGAUUAUGAAGUUGAUUUCUAAUAAAUCAAACUUCUGUUCAGAUUAAUUUUUAAAUGAAUUGAAUUUGAGUUUAUAAAAGCUAAAUCCUCUUCUUUAAUAAUUGAAAUUUAAUAGUAUUUUCUAAGAAAAUAAAGAGCCUAUAGAAUUUACAAAAAUUAGUGAAGAAAAACUAAAUUUAGUGGAAGAAUAUGUUAAGCAUUCAAUAUAAUUAACAUCUGAUUAAUAAUAUGAAAACUCAACAAAAAAUAUGUUGGAAUUAAAGUAAAUUAAUGAGAUAAUGAAUUCUAAAAUGAAUUUCUUAAACUAAGAAUUUAUUUAGAAAUUUGAAAACUGGGCAGUUGAGAUGCAACCUUUCUUAAAAUAAAUAAAUUUGUAAAACUGUUUUUAAGAUAAAAAUAAAUUUGAUUUGCUUAAAAAUUUGGGAGAUAAUAGGAUAAAUGAAUUAAUAAUGACAAAUUAGAAGGGACUUUUUUAUUUAAAUCUAAAUUUAGUUGGGACUGAAUAUCAUAAUGGAUAAAAAGCAUUUGUACUUAGUAAAAAUAGAAAUUAUGAAUACAUCAUUAGUAAAAUAAAUAGCGAUGAUUGGACUUGUUGUAUUUCAAGUCAAGAUUUACAAAAGGAUCUAAAAUAUGUUUUUAGGAUAUAACUUGAAAACAUUAAUGAAGGAAGAGAAUUUGUUGUAGGUAUAAUGAGAAAUUCUAUCUCUAAAAAUAAUGGUGGGUGGGAAGAUUACUUGAGUUGUUAACUAAAGAAUUAAAGUGAAUAUUUAAAAAUAAGCUAUAGUUACGGAAUAAAUAAUAUACUAAAAGGAGUAAGCUAAUUUUAAGCAAAAAAAGAUGGUGUAUUAGAAAUACGUGUGUGCUUAAAAGAAAAAAUAUUAGAAGUGACUGAUUAUCCUGAUUAUCAGUAUAAACUAGGAUUGGAAGAUAGACAUAAAUCUAAACUUGAAUAAUAUGAAGAUUUAAGAUUUUAUUUAGGUUUUAAAUUUUCUGAUAUCUAAAUAUGUUUAAAAGAUGCUGAAAUUGUUGAUAAAUUUAAAGAUUGA